AUGAAAUUUCCAAUAGAAAACCCGCGGAAACAAGUUAACUGGGAUCCUGAGCAAGUGGCGGUCCAGACCAACCUGGUGCCCCCCAAGAAGGCCCAGCCUGGCAUGGUGAAAUCCAGCCUGGUUCAGGCCAGCGUGGCCACCAUGCAGAACCCGAUGGGUGUCGACCCAAAGGCCAACGGUCACUGUCCGCUCCCGCGCCUCUCUAUCUCCUCCCGAUCUGCCAGCGUGGUGGCCAGUAUGGACGCCAGCUGUGAUGGCGCAGCAGCAGCUCUCCACUCAGUGAUGAAGUGGAAGACGGUGCUGGCUGUGUUCAUUGUGGUCGUACUCUACCUGGUUUGUGGAGGUCUGGUGUUCAGGGCGCUGGAGCAGCCGUUUGAGAGCAACCAGAAGACGAGCAUCACCCUGGAGAAGGCCUCGUUCCUGGAGAGACAUCCCUGUGUCACGCCUGGUGAGCUGGAGGCUCUCAUCAAGCGUGCUAUAGAUGCAGUGAGUGCAGGAGUGAGUCCUAUUGGAGACACUUCAUAUAACUCCAGUUACUGGGACCUGGGCAGCGCCUUCUUCUUUGCUGGAACAGUCAUCACAACCAUUGGUUAUGGAAACAUAGCUCCAAGCACGGAAGGCGGAAAAAUCUUUUGCAUCCUUUAUGCCAUAUUUGGCAUCCCUCUCUUUGGUUUCUUGUUGGCGGGAAUCGGAGACCAGCUGGGGACCAUCUUUGUGAAAAGCAUCUUGAGAGUUGAGAAGAUAUUCAGGCAAAAACACAGACAGAUCAGCCGGACGAAGAUCAGGGUAACAUCCACCAUCAUGUUCAUCCUGGCUGGCUGCAUUGUUUUUGUCACCAUCCCUGCAGUCAUCUUUAAACACAUCGAAGGCUGGACCACGCUGGAGUCCAUCUACUUUGUUGUAAUCACGCUCACCACAAUCGGAAUAGGAGACUACGUGGCAGGUGGAAACCGUAGGAUUGACUAUAUGCAGUGGUACAAGCCUCUUGUGUGGUUCUGGAUCUUGGUGGGUUUGGCCUACUUUGCCGCUGUCCUGAGCAUGAUUGGGGACUGGCUUCGAGUGCUGUCUAAAAAGACCAAAGAGGAGGUUGGAGAAAUUAAAGCUCACGCAGCUGAAUGGAAGGCAAAUGUACGAGCAGAAUUUCGUGAAACACGGCGGCGCCUGAGUGUCGAGAUCCAUGACAAGCUCCAGCGUGCCGCCACCAUCCGCAGCAUGGAGCGCCGUCAGCUCGGCCUGGAGCAGAGAGCUCACUCCUUAGACAUGCUCUCUCCUGAGAAGCGGGCUUUGUUCGCCAGCCUGGAUGCCGGCCGCUUCAAGACUUCCUCCCAGGAAAGCAUCGACACCAAGCUCAAUAACCUGAGACUGAAGGGAGCCUGUGAGCAGUACGACCAUCAGGGGAGUGAGCAGACACCACAGACAGCGUCUUCCUCAGAGGAGAAUCUCUUCAACCUACGCUUCGGAUCCCUUACAAAGCUGGCGAGACGUAACAAGAACCGGGACCUGCGGCGGAACAUCCCUGAUGAUGCGCGAAGAGCGAGUGUGUGCAUAAACACAGGAAGUGCCAUGCUAGGUGAGGAGAGGACUGAAGAGGAAGAUGAUGUUGAGCCGGAUGAGGAAAGCGGAGAAAGAAAAGAGGGCAACACAAGUCUGACGAACCUGUCACAGUAUGCAACGGAGCGCUCCAAACUGAAUGGGUUUGUUUCUGUGCAGGCCAAAGAUGGAGAGAGUGACUAGGUAAAGAAUGGAGGAGCACUUAGAGACAGAAAGAUAAACGGAGUGAAAGAAACAGGGACAAGGACGCAAAAAACAAGAAUGCAUGGUCCUUUGAGAUGUCAAGAAAUGUGCCUUUAUGUUUCCUAUGCGUAGAUUGGAACUGCUCUGAGGAAGUUCAGUCAUCGUGCCAUAGCCAUGGGAAGAAAAAGUGCUGCCAAAAAUGUAUGAGCUAAAGAGAUAGAAGGGGCUGUAGUGAAAAUACCUCAUGUCAGAUGCUACUUUUUAAUUGACUGCAUUCAUACAGCGGCCACUGUGUUUCAGAUAAUGUUCUGUGUUGGAAGCUCAAGUGCUGUUGUAAUGACCUUCUGCUGAGUCCUAUAGAGCCAUGUUUAUCCCACAUUUCAUUAAAGUUUUAACACUUCUAGAUUGAUCUGCAACCACAAAAGCAAAGAGCAAUCAAAAAUUGGGAGUUCAGGCCAUAAUGUAUUACUUAAGCUAACGGCUAAUGUUAGUGUUUAGGAAUGAAAAAGCUUAUUUACUUUUAGCUAAAAUACAGCAGUUAGAGCCUCUA